UUUCCUUUCAUCAAUUCAGUUUAUUUUUUUUUCGUACAAAAAUUUUCCCUACAUAGUACAAUUCAAAAGCACUUUCUUUCCGUUUUUCCGCUCGGUUGAUUCCAAGUGUGAUGAUUUGCCUAUUUGUUAAUAAUUCCUUUUCAUUUGUUUUGGGGAUGGAAUUAGUAGCCGUCAGCAAACCGAUUCUGGAUUCAUCGACAGUCAUUAACAUCAAGUGGCACUACAAAUCCGACUUUAACAACAAGAAGAAGUAGCUCUAAUUAGUGUAUCAUCGAAUUCUAAUCGAUCAAUCGAUUGAGCGUAAUUGAGACUAGAAUGUAUGAGCUAAUAAAAUAAAAGUAUGAAUUUGGGCACUCAAAUUUCGUUAUUUAUUCGAAUUUGUUUUGUUGUCUACGCCUGUUGAUUGGUAAUAGAUUACAUGAAAAAAAAUGUCAAAAAUUGUCGAUUGAUUCUUAUUCUUGAUCCUUAUCAUUUGUUGACAUUGCAUUUUAUUCGUAUUUACUGUCAUACAAACAUAAUGAAAUCUUCCAUGAAUGCCAUUAGCAACAUCAAAAAUUCCAAAUUUACUGCCAUAUAUUCAAUGAUAUUUGUUUUGAUGAUUAUCAGUGGAUUAGUAUCAUUGCCUAAUUGUGGCAUUAAAAUUUCAAAUGCUGCUGGUACAAAUCGUAAAGUGAGCUCAUCUAUUAGUUGUUAUACAUGUAAUAGCCGUAAUGAGACAGAUAUCAAUUGUCAUGAUCCAUUCAAUCCUGCAAUGUCGAAAUAUGUAGAGAAUUGUAAAGUACCCAAACAGAAUCAUAUUGGUGUAUUUCCAGCAAGAUUCUGUGUAAAAGUCGUGGGCAAAACUGUUGAAACCGAAGAAUCAUUGGUAAUCCGAGCUUGUAGCCUCGAAUCGAUGGACAACCAAUGUGGAAAAUUUAAAUUCGAAGGUUCUCUUUACACUGGAUGCAUCUUGACCUGUGAUUAUGAUGGAUGUAAUCAUGUUGAUGCUUUUGUCGAUCCAAAAAGUUCUUUUACGGGAAAUUCGGCAGCUGUGAUCAUAUUGCCAAGUGAUGAUUAUCUCUCGGAUGUAAUCAAACAGAAAAUUGCAGCUGAAUUUAAUCUUAGCGAAACUGUAUAUGUUUCUCCAGUUGAUGGUCAUUCAUCACUAUGGUCGAUUCGUUGGUUUUCUCCAGAAGCUGAAGUAAAACUUUGUGGCCAUGCUACAAUGGCCGCUUCAUAUGUAUUGGCGAAACUUAAAGGUGAAAAAAUUUUACGAUACAAAAGCGAAUUCAAUAAAAAACUUGAAACAAUAUAUCAUGAAGAGAAUGAUUCUAUUGAGUUAGAUUUUCCGGCUAAUGAUCCACAAAAAAUGGAAGAUAGUGAAUGGUUGCAACAAAUUAAGGAAGCUGUUAUCGGUAAAGAUCAUUUGGAUCGCAUUUUAUCAAUUUAUCAUUCAAUGACUACUGGUAAACUGUUAAUACGCUUACGAGAUGCUGAAAAUGAUGAUUAUUUACAGGAAAUACAACCAAAUUUUCAGCAACUACUACAAAUCGAUACGAAAAAUCUGAUCGAAGGUGUUAUCGUUACUCAAAAACCGAACACUUUAGAUUCAAAUGGAAUUCAUUUUCGGUCACGUUAUUUUGCACCUUGGGUUGGUAUCAAUGAAGAUCCGGUUACUGGAUCAGCUCAUACAGUGUUGACACCAUUCUGGUCACGAUGUUAUCAAACUGAAUGUAAUCAAACUAUACAAGAAUUUAAGGCUAAACAAAGUUCGCGACGAACCGGUUUACUUGUUUGUCAAAUGAAAAUUGAUCAUGAGAAUAAUCUUCGAGUAUCGAUCAAAGGGAAAGCUAGAAUAUUCUGUCAAGGAGAUUUUGAUUUAUCAGUGUAAUGAAAAACAAAACUUUCGAAUCACACGAUUUGAAAUAAAGUAGAUAAUAGUUUCAUAAAAUGAGUCGAAUAAAAUUCCCUCAUAACAAA